AUGGCACCAGAUGGCGAUCUGGGAGAUCUCUUGGCCAAAUUGCUCCCCACCGGCGCCGAGCUGACUGUCCGCCAUGUCUCCUCGACACCAGCCCCUUCGGAUGCUCUCUUUGCGGCUGCGCCCGGCCAGGAUCCUGAGCCCACCUUUUGCGAAAAUCAUUUCCUGUCAGUCUCAAUUGACUCUUCAAAGCAUGGUGGGGCGGAGAUCAUUGUAUUUGGAAUGGAGGUGCUGGUCUACAACACGGCCCACCUAACCACGAUCUUUGUUUCAAAGGCCGACUCCACUGGAUUUCUACACCUCUUGAAACUGCAACAAAAGGUUUCGGUUUUGAGACUCAUCUCAAGCACCUUUCUAUCAUAUCUGGCGCGUUCUCACCAACGUCCAGGUGUUCGCCUGGUAGUGUCUUUGUUUGCCCGUGCCCAGGACCAAUACCUCUUUCCCGGAAGUAUUGAAAACGCCGAGAAGCACGUCUUAGACGACCGAGGGCUAAUCAAGUGGUGGUGCCGCGCUUUGGAUCCUAUUCUCCGUGAGCAUGAGCCCGAGUCGGUCUCCAAAGACUCAAAAUCCCAUGACCAGACCGUCGAGGCCGCUAAGGCUUCCGCUACUGCGUACCUGAUUGUACCCGGAUGUGACCGUUUCGAGACACGCAGUUUUUUCCCCGCGUCUGCCAAAUGUGAUCCUCAAGACCGGCCACGAUGGCUUGCCAGCUAUCCGCUCCAUCAGAUGUGUCAUAACCCGUCGGCGCCACCGCGCUGUCUUGUGCCACGGCUUCCAGAUGAUCCUAAGACGCGAUUCCUGAUUGACCUGGACGAUGAGCUUCCUGGGCCGGUGGAGGGUGAGAAUGCGCCUCCUAGUACCGGUCACUGGAAGAGUGUCAAAUCUCUAGAUCAGUUCUGGGAGAUGAUGUCUUUUCGUCAGGAGUGCUCUGCUGGUCGGCUGGUUGGCUUCCUGUGGCUUGUUAUUAAUCCACCGGGUCUGAUGAACUCAACAACCAUGGCCAGUCAGACGCAAAGUAUUGCCGGUACAGACGAGGCCUCUGAUGGCGGGAAGACCUCCAAAGCCUCACCUGUCGAGAUCCAACCGCAGAAGGACGCUAGCGAGUCGAAAACAGACGAGACCUCGACACAACCACCUCCUGGGGCUCCAGUCACAGAAACAUCUGCUGGACCUAAAAUCGACCCGCCAGUAGCCUUUGAUCAUCCACCAAUUGCGUCCUCUGCGGAGCUUCAAUCCACGGAUACAACUCCAUUUUAUUGGCCAGAGGUCGGGCGUGGAAAUGUCGUGCUAGACCAAGCAGACUACAAGAAGGCGAUGGAUGUAGUGUUGGACAAUUUCUAUGACGAAAAUGAUAUCGUGGCUAGCACCAGGGCCUACAUCGAUCAAGUUGCCUCCCUCGCGGACCAAUUGACCUGGGGCAAGCGGGUAGUAGGCACCCACAGGCCACAGGAUACGACCGAACAACCUAUCGAGACAAACAACCUUCUCGACAGCGGGUUGAUUCGCAAACGAAAGAAGCCGGAUGGGGAGGAAGAGAAGAAGGGUUCCAAUGAGGCAAGCAUAGCACAGCCAAGCGCAUCGAGCAAUUCCCAAUCAGCGCCGUCCCAGCCGACUGCUGUCAACGUACUGAGUGCAGGUCUGGUUCGGAAAAAAAAGAAGGCAUGA